UGUCACUGUCAGUCAGUUCGUGGUCAGUUCUAAUAUUGUUUACAAAACAACUAAAACUUAAUCUUUUUGUGAAAAACAAUGGUUAAUUAUUGCUGCGUAAGUGGUUGUGGCCGGAACAGUCGAUGUAGCAAACAAUUAAAUUAUUACAGUCUUCCAAAAGAGCGCUCACGACAAAUAGAAUGGUUUAAAGCAGCAGGGAGGGAGGACUUGAUUGUAAAGAGCCAAGAAAAGCUUGGCUAUCGGUUUUGUUCGCGCCAUUUCGAGCCCAACAGCGUCAAAAAUAAACAUCUGAAGCCCGAUGCUGUGCCUACGUUGUAUUUACCUGGCUCCACAAACCAAGAUGACUCUGACUCCGAAGUCCUAACGCAUGAAGAUGUGCUGUGCAACAAGUGCAAUAACCCCGUAGUGGGGUUCCGGUACAAAUGCUUGACCUGCCCGGACUACGACCUUUGUUCUAUCUGCGAGACAGUUGAGACGCAUUCCAAACAUUACAUGCUGAGAAUUUCUAGACCUGACAAAGACGAUACAACAGAAAAGAUUUUGAAGAAGUUGAGAGACGUUUUUGCUGAAGUGGAAACCCGUGUUGAAGACAGUAGUGAUGAUGAGCCGAUCACGAAGUAUGUGAAGAACUAUGACAGCGGUAUAGACCUGUCGGAAGACUUGAAAAGCAAGAUCCGUAAGGAAGUAACUAGGGUGCUGUCUGUUAAGAAAAAGAGAAAGAAUAAAACUGCAAAGAAACGUGAGGCCGAAUCAAGCAGAGCUGCCAAGAGACAAAAGAAUACGGAUGAGACUGAGGGUCGUCCUGAGAUGGUGUUUGUCGAUGGUCCGGAGCCGGAGGUGAAGACUGAACAUGACACCCAGCCACCUCCUGCAAUACAAGACGUGAGAAUGGAACAACAGCCGCUGAUUCACGUGAAGAUAAGCGAGGAUUUCAAUGACCUGAUGAUUGAGAUGCCUGCGUCAAAUGUGUAUAAAUAUAUUUAGUUUGGAAUUCAAUCGUCCAUUUAUUUAAACAAACAAUACACUAGUAUAUGUAGAAUUGUAGAGUAAAUAAUAUAAUUAUAUUUACAUAAGGGACUGAAAAGGGAAACUUGAAUUUGUAGAUGUAUCAAAAAUAUAUGACCAUUGCGCAUAGGUCUUAAAUCAAAUACUGUGAAUUUUCACUUGCUACGCUUUAUAGAUCUGUAUAAAAUUUGUAAAAAUCGACAGUAUUUUUAUAAACUCCGGUGUAUAUACCGGAUACAUAAAAUCACGUCUAUAUGAGUCUUUAAAGAUUAGGCCACGUUCUGCUGUUUGGCGGGCUGGGCGCGGCAAGAUAAUUAAAUUAAUUGUUAAUUCCUUUGAUAUGUAGGUAGCUAAAGGCCCAGAAUAACAUAUAAGGCUACUUUUUAUCCCGGAGUUCCCGCGGGAUUGAUAGGGUUUCCAUGCGGAUGAAGUCGCGGGCGGCCUCUAACAAUACAAUAGAUAAAUAAAAAACUUUAUCGAGCAAUGAUGAUGAGUACGUACCAGCUGGAAACGUACAGCCGAUAUAGGGAGUAAAAUGCUGAAAUGUUCCAGAAAUAGUAAGAAAGCGCAUAUAUUAAUGUUUUAACCGAUUCCUGUCUGCUAAUAUAAUACGUAUGACAAAUA